CAAUCCCCUCACAAGUUUCUCUCCCAGAUCGACCCCCCGCGCAAUCGGCGCAAAGACCGACUAUGCCGAAGCGCAGACGGAAACAUACACAUCUGAACGAGUGAAGUGAGCUGAUCCUCUCGGAGACAGUCACUUCUAUAGUCCACCCAAAAAAACGAUCAGCCCAUUGCUUUCAGUACUUCACCUUCAUAGUUCCAACAACUUCAUUCUCAUCUCUCCUACUCUUCUUUCCACCUCUCCACCUCUCCACUCAUCCUCUCGCCUACUCUUCACCCUGAAAUCUAUCUAAAACCAAAAGGCGGAAAAAAAAAAAGCCAACGAAGCAAAAGAAAAACGUAUUAGAAAAUAACAAUGGCCGCCCACUUGAAUCACCCUAUCCCCAAGAAACCAUCCGCCCUCAACGGCGCCCACCUCGUCGGAAGCAUCAACGGAAUCGUAGCCGAUCACUUUGCUUCGGGUGCCUCGACCCCAGCUUCGAUUGCCAGCCCUGCUCCUCUGUCUGCAGAGGUCUACUUUGCAUCCCAUAUUCCACCCAAGGGACUUUCUGAGAACGCGGAGAAGAUCCGGUCCUUUAUAGACCACCAUAUGCACGAAGGUCGUCGGGUUGUCCUUGUCACUAGCGGUGGAACGACCGUGCCACUCGAGACACAGACCGUCCGGUUCAUCGACAACUUUUCGGCAGGCACCCGCGGCGCUACUUCGGCAGAGUACUUUCUGGAGGAAGGCUAUGCCGUGAUCUUCAUGCACCGACAGUUCUCCCUUCAGCCCUAUUCGAGACAUUACAGUCAUUCGAAGAACUGUUUCUUGGAGUUCAUGGAGGCAGAUGACAAUGGCAUCCAUGUCAUGCCUGCAUUUGUGGAUCAGAUGAGGACGAUCCUGCAAAAGUAUCGCGAGACCCAGAAAGCAGGAACGCUGUUGACACUCGACUUUGUCACCGUGAAUGAUUACCUCUUCCUCCUCCGCGAAGCUGCCCAGAUCAUCUCCAAAAUGGACGUCCAUGCCAUGUACUACCUCGCCGCUGCGGUCUCGGACUUCUUCAUCCCCGCCGACAAGAUGGCAGAACACAAGAUCCAAUCUGGCGAUGGACUCCUGAACCUCUCCAUGGAUCAAGUCCCCAAGAUCCUGAAACCUCUCGUCAAUGACUGGACCCCCAAGGCCUUUAUUGUCUCCUUCAAACUCGAGACGGACGAGGCGCUGUUGGAGCUGAAGUCGAAGCAGGCAUUGAAGCGAUAUGGACAUCAGAUCGUGAUUGGAAAUAUUCUGACGACCCGAAAGAGGGUCGUGAAGAUGAUCACGGCAACGGACCAGACUGUGAUCCGGCUGACGAAGGAGGAAGAUGAGGUUCAGCAUGUGGAGAUUGAGUCCAGGAUUGUGCCCGAGUUGGUUCGUCGGCAUGCAGAGUGGAUCGAUGCUUGUGGAAACCGUGGAGAGUGCGGUAUUCGUAUCAGGACAACUGCUGCCUAAAAGGCGAGAGGGCUUUCUGGCCAGGGAACGGCAGGUGCAUACACAGGAAGAGUUUUUUUCUUUUUUUUUUCUUUUUCUCAUUUGUAAAUUAGUCUCUAUAUCUUUAUCUAUAUCUUUGUAUACACCUUUUCACGCAACCUUUGUGGGCGAUUGUUCAUUUCAUAGAACCCCUCCGGCACACAUCAAUAGAAAACAAAAAACUGAUACUUCUUACAAAAUGUCGAUUAGCUAUUUUUUAUUUUAUUUCUUCUAUU